UUGAAUGGGAACUGAAUUUAGCUAAGACACAAUAAUUUGGUGAGGGGGAUAAGUGGGGACUAGAGGACCGUUUGGAAUAUACUGGAAAAGAGACAGACAAGACAAUCCAUGGGGGGAUUUCAUUGGGGUGUUUGAAUGGGAUGGUAUUUCUGUUUUUACUUUUAUUUGAGCUGUGAGAUUGCAGGGUGCGAGGCGGUGUUUGUGGCUCAAAUUAUUAUUCGGUUGCCCAAUUGGAAAGGAGCUUCCUUUAUUUAGCACAGUUUCAACUUUCAAGCCAGCCCUAGUAAGUAAAUUAUUUUAAUAAUAAUAAUAAUGUGCACCGUGGACCGUAUCUUUCCUUCCAUAUGCAAUUAUUGCCUGCUUUAUUUCUCCUAAUUUUACUUUAUCGUAUUAAAAUAUUGCCAUAAAAUAACUUGUGAUUAUAAGGAAAGAAUUUAUAUAUAUUCAAUUUGAAUGUAUGGGGAAAACAGUGACCUACAUAACGUGUGUGCGCUAUUAUCGUUCAUCUCUUUGAAUAAAAAGGUUCUUUAUCUGCUCCUUUUCUCCAAAUUUUGUUCGAUCAAAAGAGUGAGAAAAAAAAAUAAAAAUUCAAUUUCUCACCCUAAAUCGGUGCAAAAGUCACCCAUGUUCUCUUCUCACAGCAUGGUGCAUGCAAUAGUGAAGGUAGCUAGUUAAUUAUGUUCUCUAAUCAUUGUCAAAAAAAUUAUGUUCUCUAAAUGCGUGCUCAAUUUUGACUUUCUAUUACUCUUUUAACUUAUUAUGCCUAUACACAUUAAUAAGAUUGUGCACUGGCAUCUUCUUACUUGUCAACCACUUGGUAGCUUGCACGGAGUUUGUUUCCGCCAAGACUUUCAGGACUCUCAUCUUCCAUACUAGCUAAAGCUCCUUAACAAGCCUCCAUAAGCAAUAUUAGGAGCAAAUUCUCCCCUAACCAAUCUCCUUAUUACUUUUUAAAUUUAAAAUGGGGCAUUUUAUGUUUACUACUGUAAAAUUUUUAAUAUAAAAUUUGAAAAUGUAAAGCAUUGGAUUGUAAUAUCCUCUCAUCCUCACCCCCUGGGAUAAUGAUAUACGGAGUACCAAAAAGAAUAAAACGGAAAGAGAGUUGGAUGAGUCGGUAGCUGCGUCUGAUGAGCGAUGAGUGGUCACGAGUCACGAGUAAAGGAGAAAAAAGAGACUAUACAUAAAGCGCAGAAGUCAGGGUUACUGUAAUGUAUUUUUUACUCCGUAAUUUUGAUUUUUGAUGGGCUCUUUUUGGAACACAGUGCCCUCUUCCUGCUCCUUUCACAUCAAAUACCUGCACGGAUUUCACCAUUCACUUUCCCUCUCUACUCCAAACCACCUUCUUCUCUUCUCCUCUCUGUAACCCUAAAAACCCAUCAACUCCCUAAACCAAACACCAUUUCCAUUCAUCAUGCCUUUUCUGCUGCUUCCUUAAGAAUAAGAUCAAGUCUUAUCUUAGUGUGAUAAGAAUUUGCUUGCUUAAGAUGGGAUGCUGUGUAAGCACCACCAAAGCCUCUACUACAGAUCAACAGCAGCAGCGCCACCGCUACCCAUUACCGGAUCCUGGCAAGAAUGACAGAGCUCCACCGCCGGUGGACGAAGAAACUGUUAAAGAAGUUGUGUUGUCCGAAACCCCCGUUUCAAAGCCCCUAGCUUUGCAAGUAUUGGCGGAUGAGAAUAAGAAGAGCAAUGCUGUUACUGCUGGGCAGCAGAAAGAGGUUGAGUUUCAACACCUUAAGAUUCAAGUGCCACUGCCGGCGGCUGAGAUUGAGCUAGACCUGGACGGGGUGGGUCGGAGGGUUGUGCCGCCGACGGCUGUGGUUGAGGAGAUCGUGUCCGAGCCUUCUGAAUUGUGUAGCUUCACCGAGAGCAUUUCGACGACGGCGACGGAGAGGAGGGAUGACGAUGGAGAAGUCAACCAGAGGUCGCCGGCGAGGGGGGCGCCAAGGAAGCGGCGCAGCGCCGGGGAUCUGGCUGGAGGGAGGGACAGGAGUUUCAGAUCUCCGGCGAGAAGAUCGGCGCCAUCUCCGGAGAAGCGGAAACCGCUGACAUCGUCUAGAGCAGGCCAGAACAGGCCAAUGGCGUCACAGAGACGCAAUGUGGGUCCUCAAAACGGGGCCCAGCGACACUCCGUACCCGCACGCCGGUCAAGGUCUCCGGUGACACACCGGGAGGCGGUGGAUACACGCCCUAAUGUAAGAAACAAAAGCCCCGCCGUGAGUGAGAGUGCCCGGUCGCCGGCGGAAAGUGCAGAGAAUCGCGGAGAUAAUAAAGUAGAGAAGCCUAACGACGGCGUUUCGGAGGAGACCGGCGAAUCGCUAGAGAACCCUCUUGUUUCCUUGGAAUGCUUCAUUUUCCUAUGAAAUUGUCAAAUCAAAAGACCAAACACAUUGUCGUAUCCCAAAUCUCGGCUGUUUACUGUUGGAAUCUAUGUCAUUUUAUGCUAUAUUUUGGCCGCCGGAAAAACAAAAAGUCAAAUUUGUGUAAAUACACUACUAUCAUGCAUACUUUAAUACAUUAUUUUUAUCGUCUUCC